AUGCAGUCACCUUUCAAAAGAAGCCGUCUGACAAAUCUUGCUCAACAUAAUAAUACAUAUACGUUACUAAGUACAAUCAUAUUUUUUGUUAUAUUUUAUAUAUGUGUACCGACAGCAGUAGCUUCACGAGGAGAUCAUGCAAGUGAAUUUCAAGAAUGUGUAGAAAAGUGUCGGCAAUCAAGUUGUUCUUCAAACACCCUUUUACCUUUUAUUUUACGUUUAUUUAUGUGGUCAUGCGAAGAUGAAUGCAAAUAUGAAUGUAUGCACGAAAUCCAUAGCAAAGCUCUCAAUUCUAAUCAAGAAAUAGUACAAUAUUAUGGAAAAUGGCCAUUUCAUCGACUCUGGGGAAUGCAAGAACCAGCCAGCGUACUAUUCAGCUUCUUAAACGGGUACACGCACUAUCGCUACCUUUCCAUCAUCCGACGAACGAUCCCCGACACAUACUACAUGAAAAAAUUUUAUAUUGGCUACGCGUAUGCGUGUAUAAACUCCUGGUUCUGGUCGGCCAUCUAUCAUUCACGAGACUUUCCCCACACCGAAAAACUAGAUUACUUUUCCGCCGCGUUCUCGAUACUAUUCUCAUUUUUAUUUACCUCAAUUCGCAUAUUUCAUAUACGUAGCAGAAGAAUAAUUUUCGUGUUGGCUACUCUUUGCCUGUUGGCGUUCCUUGCACAUAUUUCUUAUUUGACUUUUGUCACAUUUGAUUACGGGUAUAAUAUUGUAGCGAACGGGGCUGUUGGGUUUGCACAUAAUUUCAUUUGGGUUUGGUGGUCGUGGAAGAAUUGGCAUAGCCGGCCUGAUGCAUGGAGACCGUUUGCGGCGGUUAUUUAUGUUGCAAUAGCUAUGUGCUUGGAGAUUUUUGAUUUUCCACCUGUUUGGGGUGUUUUGGAUGCUCAUGCUCUUUGGCAUGCUAGUACUAUUCCUUUGAAUGGAUUUUGGUAUGAAUUUUUAAUUGGGGAUGCAUCAAUUGAGAGUUUAAGUGUAAAAAGACAUUGA